UCGACGUCCACGUCGAGUCCGCCUCGUAAAUCCGCGAGCACGGGAUGUGUCCAGGGACCCGGGAGCUGGAGGACAGGCCGGCGAACGGCCGGUAAAAUGUCCGGGCUCUCGUAGACGGUCCAGAAGAAUGGGCGAGAUCCGGCCGGGUUACAUAAGAAGAAGAAAGGAGUGAGAUGCCCCGGUGAGGUAACGUCGUCGUCGAGCACCCUCCGAUCCUGGGGAUGCUGGAAGCGAGCGGCGGGACGCGCGGCGCCUGUUGGUGAUCUCGGGACGAGUGGACCGAGGGGACUCGAUACACGCACGCAGGACACGUAUCUCUGCUAUCUAGGAGCCCGUCCACGGAAUCGGAAACGGGAGCAAUCGAAGCACCGCAAAGUCCAGAAUCUAGUUCAUUGGUCGCCGGGAGGGAGAACCUGGACCUCGUGGUGACGUAGGGGACUGAAUGAUUAGCGGUGUUGGCGGAAACCUCUUAACUUAAUCCAGCUGCGUGUGCCGCCGCGGCACGACACACCGUGUCUCGAUCCUUUUCUAUAAAUGGUGACCUAGAAGAGUUCGCCCGGCUAGAGAGGGGUGGUCGGACGCGUUUAGAGAAUGCCGGACAGUGGGCCAGGUCGAGGUUGGCCAUGUUCAGCGGGCAGGAGGACGGGGGACUAUCGGUUCCAGGUGAAACGAGAGUAGUAGUAGCCGGACGAGGACCGGGGCGGCCGGGAAAGGGUGGCGACGAAGGGAGCAACACCUAGGCGAGAGACCAUGCGAAACUCCUUCGACCGAGUUCGGGGAAUCGAAUAUCGUUUGCGCCGGUGCUGGUGCCGGGAGAUUAAAGAGAGACUGUUACGAGAGGAAAGGGAGGAGGUGGAGCGGCACGCCGAGAGGGGCGGAGGAGGGUGGUGGUGUGUGCCGAGGUAUUGACGGGACGCGAAGCGAAGGGCCUCUUUCUUCAUGGAGUGUUCUCGACCCUGUCCCAAUUUCCAGCUGGAGGCUUAAGUAGGGGCGGCAACGAUGCACGAUGUGUCACGGAUUAACGAGCCUCCGCGCAGAACGAGCCACCCCCGAGAACCAGACACCACGUACAGCGUCGCCGAGGGAAAUAGUAGAAUCGGGAAUAGUCGUUGAGCCGGGGAACGGGGAGGGGGAUUAAAUGGUCGGGGCUGCUGGCAGAGCGACGAUGGGGUUGCUCUGAAGAAUGUGGAGGUGCAUAAACUUUCGUAGCAUAGACAGAAUGUUCAAGAGCAGGAUCUUCCAGGGCGACCUCAGCCCUGUCGCGAUCCCAGGCAGCCUGCAACAGUCCAGCCAGCAGGGUCAGCAGGGUGAACAGGAAUUGGCGUCAAAAAUGCUACACAUUCAGAGCAAAAGAUUCUAUAUCGAUGUAAAGCAGAACAGACGUGGGAGGUUUAUCAAAGUAGCAGAGAUUGCUGUGGAUGGAAGGAGAAGCCAAAUUUACUUGGCGCUCAGUACAGCGUCAGAAUUUCGGAACUAUCUUUCGUCGUUUAGUGAUUUUUAUGCAUCCUUAGGUCCACAAAACACUGAGAACGUACCAGAUGAUGGCAAAUUGAAGUCGGAAGUGAUGACAAAGGAUAACAGGCGGUAUUAUUUGGACCUUAAGGAAAAUGCCCGUGGCCGAUUCUUACGGGUAUCACAAACAAUCACACGAGGAGGACAGAGGACGCAAAUCGCGAUACCAGCACAGGGUAUGAUUGAAUUCCGUGACUCGUUGACGGAUCUCCUCGAGGAGUAUGGUACAGAUGAUGGUGGUUUCAAGAUAGACUUACCAGAUGGACGGUAUAUGCGUGUGGAUAGCAAGAAUUUCUAUUUUGAUAUCGGCCAGAAUAACCGUGGGAUCUACAUGAGAAUUUCCGAGGUGAAGACGCACUUUAGAACAGCAAUCACCGUACCAGAGAAAUCCUGGGCGAAUUUUCGCGAUAUAUUUGCUGAUUAUUGUGAAAGAAUGAGGGAACGAGGUGUCGGCAACAAUGUCGGUAUGAACAGCGGUGGCGGAGGAAACGCUUUGCCCGAGGGGAGGGGCUCGGUGGUGACACAGGUACCAUCACCAUCGACCUCACAACAGCCUAACCCCAAUCCAAAUUUAGACUCUCCCUUAAUGAAGUGAAAAAGGCUUUAACUUAAACUCGAACAUUUGGAAUUAUAACCGUAACUCGUUUUCAAGUCAUUAAGCGAACUAAAGGAACUUGUCAGAGUCAAAUGCCAUCGUCAUCGCCAUUUUCAUCGACAUCGACAUCAUCGUCAUCGUCAUUCUCACCGUCACCGUCACCAUCACCGUCACCGUCACCGUCACCGUCAUCGUUAUCGCCACCGUCACUAUCGCCGUCACUCAUCGUCAAGUAACAAAAAAGAUAACAACACCAAAUCUCGUCUGGAAUGGUUAUAUAUUUAUAUAUAUAUGAACACGUACCCUCACACACACAUAUGUAUAUAUAUAUAUACAUACAUAUAUAAAUAUAUAUGUAUGUAUGUAUGUAUUGUAUGUGGGUGUGUCGCGGAUGGUCGCCAACCAAUGUCAGCUGAUUCGUUGAUGUUUGAUAACAGAGAGAUCCGUGAUCAUACAGAUAUGCUGAAGGGGAUGCGCGACCUUGAUCGUCUGUCGAAUGAUCUAUAUAUCGCCACGCAUGUCGAGGUGUUUAAAAACGAUGAAGGAUAGUGGAAGGAGGAGGCUAGAUGAUGAUGCGCGUCCACGCGCGCCUGCGUGCGUGCGUGCGUGCAUGUGUGUGUAUGUCUGUAUGUGAGUGCGCGAAAAGAAGCGGAGUAUGCCGCUCGUGCGAUUAUACAGAGAAAAAUGAAAAACUAGAGAAAAUACGCAACGACGGGGAUCGAGGAUAUAGAGCUCUAAUCGCGCGAUGUCCUUAGGUGAAUACGAGUUGCCAUUGAUUAACGUUAUGAGUACUACCGUUCAUUUCCUGGCUGUAUUAAAUGCAUUUCUGUGGCUGCGCGUCAAAUUCAGUUUAAAGGUGUCUAUCCUCUUCAUUUUACGUUUCGCCGAUUCCGUACGCUUUCAACGACAGAGAAAAAAAAAUCAAGAACCCGGUUUUCGAUGCACGGGAGUCACCAAACGUUCGAUGAUAAACGAGUCAAAAAAAAAGAAAGAAAGAAAAAAGGAAAAAGUGAGUUCUCUAGUGGGAAAUGGACUGUAGUGGAUUAUCACGUUACAAUUGAAUUUGAUCGUUCAGAAUUUAUGAAUAAAUGAAUUGUUAUAUUAGCGAUUAUAUCGCGGGGAGAAUGGAUAGAGCGUGGUGUGGGUGGUCGCGUUAGACAAAGGCCCGUUGAUCGUGGAAAGCGGUGUCAUAGUACGAUAUGCGCCAACUUUGCCCUGGAGAUUACAUGGGUGUACCGCAGCUGCUUGAAUCGAAUAUUUCGGCUGAUCGACGUGUCCUGAUCUUUGUCGCUUUUGCAGCUUCGCGUGAAUUCAUCCCGUUUUACAUUCUUCGAUUUCUGCCUGAUGCACGAAACGCGCCGUCGUUAACACCUAUUUAGACUAGCGCGCCUGGGGCUUAAGUUCGCGCAAAAAUACGGAGAACGGUGUUCACUCGCUCGCUACGUGAGAACGUUCUCGAUAGAAUAUCACGAUUUCGACCGCGAACGCCGCACACACUCGUUUACAAAAAAAAAAAAAAACUGAACGACGUCUCUAUUAAAAUAAUUAUGAAAUAAUAUAUAACAUAGGUGAGAAAAGGAAAAAAGAAAUGCUAGGCGAAUACAAGUCCCUAUAAUAUGUAUAUUAUACAAAGUUAAUUCUGUUAUGUUUUGUUUCAUCGAUUCGCGUCGGGGAAAUGUGCGCGCAUGCAGACGUGGAUGCAUGGUGGUCCGGAAUAAUUAACAGAGUGACGCCACUUACAGAAUGCAAUACGCGAGUCAUAUAAAUAUGUAUAAAUGCAAAACGAACACGUACAUAUAAACACACACGUGCGCAACAACUUUAGACCAAUGUACACAUACACGCGUAUACAGAGACACACGAACGCUUGGAGAACCGUGACACUAUAUAGAAAUCAAACGAGAUUAGUCUUACAUGUAUACAUACACACGCGAGUACACACAUGCGUAAAACACACACAUACACACACAUACACAGGGCAAACACACACGAGAUAAAUAAUUCCAUCGCAUGAAAGAUGAACGGUACAAGAGACGGUGUGCACGCGUACGUAAUUACGUUACGUUUGAGUGACGACCGAGUUAUAACACAAUUGCAUAUUAGGUAUGUAUUAUACGAAUGCAUAUUAGGUAUUUAUAUAGAAUCUAUAUAACUGUAUAAUUGUAACGAAAUGCCAAUGUCCGUGGACCCAAGCAACUGUAAUACUCGAACCGGUCAGCACGCUGUCAAUCGAAUUGAGUGGUGUUACCGUUCCCAUAGCAGUCGCUUAGGUCCAACUCCCUGGACGAAAGGAAGAUAAAGAUAAACGAGACAAAACGAACGGGGAAAAGAAAAGGAAGCAAAUAAUUAAUAUUCAAAACGAACGACCGAGUCGGAGGAGAAUUAACCCGCAGUCGUGUGGUGCGUUGAUUUCUCAAUGGAAAAGGAAAAUCUUAAUACGCUUUGAUUCUGCAACGCUGUGCUAAUAUCAACAAUGAUAAAAAUGAUUGAAAAAAAGUAAAAAGAAUGAAAGAAGAUGAUGAUGAUAAGUCUAUUCGUUCAUCGCGUGCGUGGUUCCCCUUGAAACCUUGGGGGCAAACACGGCGGACCGAACAAAUUAAUCCGUGAGGUAUAAUUUCGCGCUGGUGCGGAAUAAAAAUAUUAAUCGAGCAGUGAGCGGCAUAGAUGCAUGAAACGCAUAAAGUGCUAUUUAAUUAAAUGAAAAAAAGAUAAGAUAAAAUAAAGUGAAGAAGAAAGAGAUGAGGGGGUCGCGCGCGGUUCGUGCGUUAUCGGGCGCGCACCCUUUAACACGUUUGAAGAGAUGAGUAAAAUUUUAUUUAUUUUUUAGCAAUGAACCUAUUAUCUAUUUCGAUAAGAUAUUUCUUUGAUUGCAUUUCCUUCUAAAUCGACAAUUUCGGCUGGUCUGAAUUUACUUAGCACGUAGGUUUUGAUGAAUAGAAAUGAAAUAUAAAUCACAAUAACAAAUUUUCGAAUACGCACGAGUGGGUGAACUAUCGAGACACGAAAGAUCCCCGAUCCUCUUCGAUUUAAGAGUAGUUUGAUCCUUAUAUAUAUAUAUUUGCAUAUAUAUCUAUAUACAUAUUAUAAUCCUUCUUCUUUUUUGUUGUUAACUCUCCUUUAAUUGUAUUUCGUGAUUCUGUUUUCUUUUUUAAUGCUCCGAACGUGAUUACGUCGAGAUGAAACAUAACCGAAUGAUGGCAGGAAAUCUAGGAAGAGAGAGAGAGAGAAAGAGCUAACUGUGUCCCUCAAAUCAAAUAUUUACUUUCCACGCUCGUGAUGUUUUUUAACCGCCUAUACCUGUGUUUACGUGCGAAUCAUCAAACUUUCAUUGAGUUCAAGGGGGUCGGUGAACCCGGAUCUGUGCACAAGCAUUAAUGUCUGAACCGACCGUUCUUGAUGGAAACGUCAAAAUGGAAAGGCAUAAAAUAGAGAAAGAAAGAGAUCGACGGAAGGAAAGAGUUGGAGAGAGAAAAUCGUUCACUGGCGCAGAUGGUAUGACAUUGUGAUCUAUACAAAUUACAAAGCAUCAACAAGUAGUAUAUAUGUAAGAUAUAAAAAGAAAUACACACACGUACACCUAUGGUGAUCUAGACACCACCAUUGUCUACCUAUGUACGCGACUACGUGUAUAAACACAUACAGACAAACAAACAAACAAACAAAAACAAUUAAGAAACACAAAUACACGUUAUUAAAAAGUGAGGACGACUACAGCGUACCUAACUGAAUGAAUAAAAAGAAAAACUACGGAAAAUGGAAAAAACAAAGAAACACAGAGAGACAGAUAUAAGGAAACAAAUGAAAAAAAAAAUCGUCUGACACGUAAGAGUAAGCAAAGUAAUAUAAAGAAACAAAAAAAAGAAGAUGAUGAUGAAAGGAAAAGAUGAAACACGACGCUCCUGCCACGCAGCGAGUCCUUAGACAGCUUUAAGAUAAUAAUUAUAAAAUGAUAAAUAAUAAUUAUUAUUAAAUAAUAACGAUAAACUUUCUAUAUGUUGAAUCGUGUCUAGUGAGAGAAAAGUACUAUUGAAGUAAAACGACAAAAAAAAUUUACUAUCGCCACACAUGGAUUAACACACAGUUUAUAUUGAAUCAUUAGUUGUCUAUCGAAUGUUCUUUUUUUUCAUAUAGCGGAGAAGGUGAUUGUUAGAGAAUAGCUUGGUGUUUCGUUUGCUGUUUUACAAACGUUGUAACGGUUGGCAAAUUCGGCGAGCCUUUUUUGCUGGGAUGUGUCGACGGUGGUCAAAGAGAAACAAAAAAAAAAAAGUUGAAAAGGGUAGCCGAAGUCCACGCCUGCGUUUAUAUUUGGUGGGGCUUGACCACUACUGUUAUCAUUAUCACUGCUAUUAUCACGCAGGGUUUCCAUGCUGGGGUCUCGCGUUUUGCAAGCCGCGCUCGCGUUAGAAACCAAUAAUGUGUCCUGUUACUAAUUAUACAAUAAUCGGUUCGCUCUUGCGGGAGGUGGAGAGAAUAAAAAAAAAAGUGAGAAAGCGUGUGAGUGAGAGUGCGAGAGAUAGAGAGAAAGAAAGUAAGAAAGUAUGCGUGUAUGUAUGUUACCUUUCAUUAAAUUCUAUAACUUCACGCUAGUGUUAGCCACUCAUCUGUGGCGAAACGUUUAGACUUAACGAAGAAAAGAAAUGAAACUUAAACCUUAAUCGCGUCAAACUUCUAACUAGCAAUUAAGCUGUUUAUUAGCGGCUCGCGAUAAAGAGAUUAAAAGACCGCGGCAUGAAAAUCCUGCGUUCGCUGCGAUUAUGCUUAUUAUCAUUAUUAUUAUUACGAUUAUAUUGUCAUUAUACUUAUCAUUACGAUUAUUCUCCUUAUUAUUAUUAUUAUUAUUAUUAUUACUAUUAUUAUUAUUAUUAUUAUUAUUACUAUUAGUACCAUUUAUUACAAAGAACAUCAGCAGGUGUGUCCUAAAUCACUGAUCAAUAGGACCGGCCUCGAGCGGGCUGAUUUUUGAUUUUGUCGAUUUUUUCUUUUUUUCUAUUCUCAUGCUCAUUUACAUUUUUUUUUCAUUUUUACUCUUGAAUACGCUUCUUGCAACGAUCGACUCUCUUUCCCCGUUUUUUCAAACGUAUAGCGCUUUAGAAACUGAUAGAGCAUUUUUCUCUCCUUUUUGAUCGUGUUCUUCACUCAGUCACCCCACCGUCCCUAUUUCACCAACACCUAUUUUCCCCUAACUCGGUUUCAUACCCGUCUUCUAUAUCGGCCCACUGAGGUCUGGCGUACAGUCGGUGUAUAGAAAAAUGAAAAAAACAAAUGUGUACAUAUAUAUGCGCGAACGCAGAACGCUGUGCGAGGAAAACGGCAAGAAACAGAACAGAAGAAAAACAGAAAAAGAAAGAAACGAAACAGGAGACAGACAGGGCAGGAUUCAAAUUUUAGAUGACAAUUAAAUGAACCGGAACAUCGCCAACACGGAAUCUAGAUCGACGGACGCGUUUAGAUUAGGUUCGCAAUCGUCACGAAUCGCCCAACACAACUCCACCCCCCACCCCCCACCGGACCCACUUGUGAAACAUCCCUUUUUUUAAAAACCGAAGCAGGAAAAAGAAAAAUGAAACAAAAGGGAAAUCACCCUCAAAGCGUGGCGUUUUCUUUUCUUCCUCUUUAUAGCGUGCUCUCGUGUGUGUGCAUGCGUGCGUGUAUAGAGAUAAUCGACGGAGCGAGCUAUAUUUCUUCGUGAACGGAAGAAACAAGAAAAUAAUCGUGAAUACGGGAACCGAUUACGGGAAUGAUGCACCGUCGAAGGCAUUUUUUCAAACGAUCUUUAUCACUUUCUUUUCCUUUUAUAAUUAAACUAUUAUAUAUAUAUCUCGA